AUGCUCUCCGCGAACGGAAAGGCUAACGCGAAUGAGUUGCUGUACUUGAAGAAGGCCGUCGUCUUCGGCUCCGGUGCCUUCGGCACGGCGCUGGCGACGGUACUCGCCAAGAAGUGCCGCGAGGUGUGCGUGUGGCACAUAAAGGAGGAGGAGGCGCAACUCGUGAAUCGGAAGCGCGAGAACAUGAUGUACCUCAAGGGUGUGAAGCUUGCGUCGAACAUCACAUUCACCUCGAACGUGGAGCAGGCGUACAAGGAUGCCGAGAUCAUCCUCUUCGUCAUCCCGACCCAGUUCCUGCGUGGCUUCUUCCAGAAGAGCGGCGGGAACCUGAUCACCUACGCGAAGGAGAAGCGCGUGCCGGUGCUCGUGUGCACGAAGGGAAUUGAGCGGUCGACGCUGAAGUUCCCGGCGCAGAUUGUUGGCGAGUUCUUCGCGGACUACCCACUGUCGGUGCUUGCAGGCCCCAGCUUCGCCAUCGAGGUGGCCGCUGGCAUCUUCACGUGCGUCGGCAUCGCCUCCGCCGACAUCAAUCAGGCUCGCCGCCUGCAGCGCAUCAUGACGACGGGCGACCGCACCUUCGUCUGCUGGGCAACCACCGACACCAUCGGCUUCGAGGUGGCCAGCGCUGUAAAGAACGUGCUGGCCAUCGGCUCUGGUGUGGCGAAUGGCCUCGGCAUGGGUUUCAACGCGCGCGCUGCCCUCAUCACGCGCGGCCUUCUCGAGAUUCGAGAUCUGACGGGCGCGCUGGGCGGCGAUGGCAGCGCCGUCUUCGGUCUCGCCGGCCUCGGCGACCUCCAGCUGACGUGCUCGUCGGAGCUGUCACGUAACUUCACAGUGGGCAAGAGACUCGGUGAGGGCACGUCUAUCGAAGAGAUCCAACGCACGAGCAAAGCCGUCGCGGAGGGUGUGGCGACGGCGGAGCCUCUGAUGCGCUUAGCGCAGCAGCUGAAGGUGUCGAUGCCGCUCUGCAAGGAGAUCUACAAAAUUGUGUACGAGAAGAAGAACCCGCGCGACGCCAUCGCAGACCUCUUGUCGUGCGGCCUGCAAGACGAGGGCCUGCCCGCGCUCUUCAAGAAGUCGUCUGCCACCCUCUCCAAGCUGUAA